AUGAACCCGCAGCAAUCUUCGCAUUCCGCCACCCAAGGCAACGCCGCUGCCGGGAGCACUGGGCACCAAGGGCAGCCGGCCUACAACGCUUAUCAGCAGCAGCUCAACUACGCGUCUCAUCCGAACCACGCGGCGCAGCUCAACCAGGGGGCAUGGCCCAUCCAGCAGGCUCCUCUCGCCCAACCCUACCCGAUUCCCGCGCAGACCCUCGCCCCCGCCCACGCUGCUGCCAUGGACGGGCGGUCGUGCGCGGUCUGCGGCAAGGUGUUCGGACGCUGGCAGGACCGAGUGCGGCACGAGAAGAACUGCCUCGGGUCCGGCCAGAGGUCGAGACAACUCUACGGCUGCUAUGGGAUCACGGCCGCGGAGGCGGCGCGGCGCGGCGUACCGCAGGCGGCGAUCGCCCAUACGCAGCUCGAGCUGCAGGUCGGUUCCGGGAGCAAGGCGAGCGUCGUCAGGCUCUUCGGGGGGUGCGGCACCUCGUUCACGCGCAAGGACGCGUACAAACGUCACUUGACGGUGCGGGCGGGGACGUGCUGGGGGGACGAGGAUGCGUACUGGCAGCCGGGGAACCAGUAG